UUAAUUAUUUUUGUUGUCAAAUCCCUAAAUCCUUUGUGGAUUAGGACAUUGUUUUGAGAUUUCAAAUCCUAUUGUGUAAAGGUCUCAUAAACUCUUAUAUAUAUACACAGACGCACUAAUAUUUUUCCACUGCACUCUUCCGACGCUAUCGAAUCGAACUUCUAAACUGUUUGAAAUUUUAGCACAAAGCUAUCGGAUCUUCCAAAAUAUCACCACUAGUGAGCUAUGUCUGAGGAACAGAAGAAGAAGAAGAAGAAGUUAAGUUUGAAGAGCUCCGAUGGUCGCAAAUUCUUGAUUGAUGAGUGGGCGGCAGUACAGUCCGAGAUGUUGCGGCUCAUGAUUGAAGAUGGCUGCGCAUCGGAUGUAAUUCCAUUGCCAAACGUCGACUCCAGGACGCUGGCCAUGGUGAUCCAUUAUUGCGAGCGACACGGCGAUCCCUUGGUGAAACAAGCCGAUCUCAAGGCCUUUGACAAUCGAUUCGUACAAAAAGAUCAAGCAACACUGUUUGAUUUAUUGAUAGCUGCGAAUUAUUUACAAAUUCCCGCACUGUUGGACAAGGUGGCCCAAAAGAUCGCUAAUAUGAUUGAGGACAUGUCACCGGAGCAAGUCCGACGAUUCUUUAACAUAAAAAAUGAUUUCACGCUAGAGGAGGAAGGGGAGGAGAUUCGUAGACAAAACGAUUGGGCUUUUAAGUGAUUUCAACUUAUUUCAAACGAUCUUAAUUAGUUAUGUCUUUCUUUUCUUGUAAUUUAAAGUUAUAAUUUUUUUAGUUAUAGUAUAAUAAUGGUUUGUAUUAUGCACAUUUAAAUAAAAAAGAAAAAC